CUGGGCUGGGUGUGCUGGCAGUUCAAAGCAAGCUCACAGCCUGGGUCUGUAGAUGUGUCACUAGGCUGCUCCAUAGUUUCUACACUCGUGUUUCUGGAGUUUUCUCCCCCAGGCCUGCAAUCAGGAAAUGGCCAAAUCAUUGCCUGUAAUAGGCCAGGAAGAUUUGGAUAGCUUUACCCUGACCAGGACAGGCUCAAGCUUUGCACUCAAAGCCUUUCACGUUCCUUGGAACAUUCACAUCUCGGUGAAGCUGCUGACCAGUCCGAAUACUACAGAGAGGGAGUGGAAAUUGCUGCUUCAGGAUAUAGCAAAUAUCCGACACUUCCAGUCUGAACGUCUCCUACCUUCUCUGGGGAUUUACCAGUACCAUGGACUUGUGGGGAUAGUAACUGAAUGGAUGAAGAACAGAUCCCUCCAUUCCCUCAUCCAUGAGCAUCAGCUGUACCCAGAGCUUCCGUUUCCCUUACUUAUAAGGAUCCUAUCAGAUGUGGCUGAAGGACUGCAUUACCUCCACAGCCUCAAGCCUGCCCUCUGCCAUGGCAGCCUUAAACCUUCCAAUGUCCUUUUGGAUGGACAGUACAGAGCCAAGAUAUCAGAUUAUGGUCUAACCCACUGGAGGAAAGAGCAAUGGAGGUCAGACCUGCAGAACUGCAAUCACAGAAACUGCCAGGAUUUGGUGUACCUCUCUCCUGAAACACUUGAAAGAGGUUUUCCUUCACAGGAAGGUGAUAUUUACAGUUUUGGAAUACUGUGUUGGGAGAGCCUUAGCAGACAGAAACCUUUUGAAGACCAAAAAAUCCUACUGGAAGUUUUGACAAAAAUCUGUAGUGGUUUGCGUCCUGGGAUUUCAGCAAAGUUUAUACCAAGCAAUUUGCCACACAGGAAUAGACUAUUGCACCUCAUCAUUCUGUGCUGGCAUCAAGAACCAGAUUACAGGCCACAUAUCACAGAAUGCACACGCCUUCUAAAGGGAAUUCUGACUAGUAUAAAUAAGGAGGCAAUUUCCACUGCAAUCUACAAACUGAUGGAUGCAAAGGAGACAGCACUUAAUGCAUGCAAAGGUUCAGAAAUAUACACACUGCAGACAGGCAUAUGCAAUUCAGAGAUCAUCUGUGCACAAAAAAACAAACAAGUCAUCAACAAGAAAAUUCCUCUUGGAGUGCCAAACUUGUCAGCUAUUCCACUUGAUAGCAGUGCAAACAACACAAGAAGACAGAAUACUCUUGAGAUGGCUUCACCAAGUACUGUCCUGUGUAACACAACAACAAUGCAAGAUCAUCCGGAUUCUGGUAGUAGAAAAUCAAACCUGGGGCCUUCUUUUUCCGUUCUUCCUUUAUCUGGCUCAACUACAGGCAGAGAAAGCAGUCUGUGCCAUAAGGACCCACCACUGCCACUUCAGCAGAGCCCACAAAGCAUGCAUCUUGAGCAAGCACUGUCAGGUCCUUGCUGCAAAGGAAACUGCUGUCAAAUACUAACCUGCCGUCGAGAAGUCAUACUGAGCAGCAUGACAGAAGGACGCCUCAACCACAUUCUUGACGUCCUUCGCUCACAGCAAACAUUGUCUCGAGUGGAUUAUGAAACAAUCACCUCGUACCCCACGGUGACUGGCCGCACUCGGGCACUGUUAGACACUUGCCUUUGCCUUGGAGAGAGGGCAGCGCAGGUUGUAGUGACUGUACUUUCAGUGACCAAAUGCAGUCCUUUGGCACAAAGCAGUCAUGGCACAGACUGUCCUUCUAAGAUAAAUAGGCUAUUGCAGUGACUUGACAUAUUUUUUGUGGCUUUUUACAUGGAUUAGAGCACUGGUAGUUUGGAAUGGCAAUGAUUCGCCUUCAUUCCUCAAGCACUGGCUGAAGUCAAUCCUUCCUACAGCCCUUCAGUCCUCUAAUGGAAAAGGCUAGGUGGAUUAAAAGGUCAAGUCAGCCAUUGCCUGAAGAAAUUACCAAGACUGAUAAAACAAACUCUAACUUGGACCUCAGAGAUGGGAGGAUUAUAAUGUGUGCCAGAGCAAAUACACUUCAAGUCAGAUGACAACUUCUUUCCUUGAUUCUGAAAGAGCACAAAAUGGAUCAUGAGUUUUUGGAGCUCACAUCAUGGAAGAAAGGCUGUUACUACAUCUUUCCAACUAAAGGCACUUAACAGGGUGCUAGAUGUGGAGGAGAAAUUCCCUUCCUUUCAUGGAGCUCAUAAGCAAGCCAACAGUUAGAGUGAAAGUCUUAAGAAAGAAUCAAGAAAUCUCUCUUCAACUGGGCAUCGAAAAAGCUUUAGAAAUUUUACAUUAUGCAAAUUAUUUUAUUUUCACUCAUAAAUGAUUGUACACUCUCAAAAUAGGGCACCAAGAGCAAACACAUUUCAGGAGUGGGGCUUGCAAUAUUUCGUAAAUUGAACAAAGUUAUUACUUUAUAUUCAUGCAUUUCUCUGAGUAUGUCUGCAGUUCAAAUGUGAAAUUAAAUCAGGAAGAAGAGAUGCCAAGCUGAUCAUGUUGAAAUAGUGGUUCUGCUGAACUGUAAAGGAAAGUAGUAAGAUUAUCUUAAUUAUAAUGAAAAGGAGGUUAUACAAGCUAACUGGUUUUGAAGGCACAGUGGGAUUACUUCAAGCUUCAAGGCACUGGAUUAAUUUGAGAACAUCUGUUACAUGAGCUAUAAAUAUUUCAUAUGUAAAACUACAAUAUUAAGUUCCCCUACAUUGCAAUUGUUCUCUUUGCACUUUCAAACUGCUUAUCUGAUUUGGUAGUUUGAGAGGUUGUAGUCUUAAAUAUAGUAAUGAUGUGUUCUCUAAGCACAUUUAAGAUGUAAGGGAUUUGUUAUUUCAUGUACUAUAAUGCUGCUGAAAUCAUACAUUUUAGCUGAUUUAAAAAAUAAAUAUUUAUUAAGCUUUAAGACUGCCUUAAAGUGAUAUAUUGUUACAAUUUAAAGCAAGGUCUAACAAAACGUGUUGAAAAUUGUUUUGUCUAUUAAAGGUGCUAAACGUGACUGGAUUUUUUUCUACAGUUUAAAUGAGAAUGUUCAACAUUUCUUACUAAAGGAUAUCUUACGCAUGAAGAAUAGAACUACUGUCAUGGUGUUUAAAAGGUAUAUGAUAUUCAUAGUAUAACAAAAAAAUCAUUCAUCUAUGAGAAUUACGUAUAGACUGCUAAGAGGGAAGCUAGCAAAAAUUAUCGGCUUUCAGAAACAAUUCCAUUCGGUUGUUCUGCUGGAUGUUUUAUACUUCCAUGAAAGAUGUGCCAGCUGGCAAAAUAUGCUGAUUUUGCCAUAAUUGUUUUGACAUGGAAACAAUUUUGGUUCUGGGGGUUUUGGAGUUUUGUUUUUUAUUCUUCUUGAAAGUUUUCUAUUUGAGAAUAGCAUUUGAUGCCAGACCUAAGACCCAAUCUCAAUUGUUAAUUGCCGAACUGGCAUGAAACCAGAACAAGCACAAGCUGUCUGCCUUUCCAGACAGGUUUUGUUCUCUUCGUAUUUGUCUUUCUAACUUAAGUAUUCUUGAUAGGAUAUUACUUUUCAGAGUUACUGAUCUAUUACCAUCAUGCUUACCCAGAUUUUUGUUAAGAUAACCCAAGAAAUCAGUUUACAACCAAUUAUAAAAUGGGGGAGAAAACUAUUACUUUAUGUUUAAAUAAGCCUGAAUGGAAUCCUUUAUUUUAUUUGAUAAUUAACUCUAAUCCACAGUCAGAUUUUGCCAUCUACUCAACUGAAAUCAGUGCCUGAGUUUAUUGAAACUUUGCAUUGAUACCUUGGCUAAAAUCAUUGUCAUAACUAGCUAUAACACUGUCAAGGCCUUGCUGUAAGUCUACUUAGACUAAUACAAACUUAUGCUUCAGCCUGGAAAAUGCAUAGACUUCCUUGUAACUCUACCUUGUGCAAAAUAAACCUUUAAACUUUCA